UUGGUGGAAUGAAUCAAAUGCUGUGUUUGGGAAGCGCGAAAUGUGUCUUAUCUCUUCUCUUCCACUUCCCAAGCCCAUACGCACACCUCUCUCCAUCCCUAUUCUCAACUAUUUAUAGCUCCCACCGCCCGGUUUUGCCAUUCUCAACACUGUGUAUUGAUGGACAUGGAAGAUGAGGAAAAGGCAGUCCGAAGGGUGGGAGACGGAGAAGAAGAAUGUCGAGUUUUCCAAUGCCAGUUCUGUUCAAGAAAGUUCUACAGCUCUCAAGCUUUGGGAGGACAUCAAAAUGCCCACAAAAAAGAGAGAACGGCUGCCAGAAAGGCUAAAAGGGCAUCGGAGUGCUCCUCUGCUUGCCCUCCCCUGUUCCUCGCUUCUCACGCUUCAAGUCUUCACUACCUCCAACCCCAUCAGAUUUUUUACCCUUUCAGACCCAACGCUGCACCUACAUUUGGCGGCAAUUCUCUGUUUUGUGAACAUGUUGGCGACAGAGGCCUGGGGAAUUGGCACAGCAACAUGUCACUCACAAGCGACGACCACAGCAUUGGCAUCUUGAAGCGUUGUCAAGAGAAAGAUCAAAAUCUUGAUUUGACUCUGCGCCUAUAGGCUUGUUGAGAUGAAAUAAUGCAUCGUACUGAGCAAGACUGCUCUUUCUGGGUUUGGUUUCCUCCCCAUAUACCCAUACUAUGUACUAUGACUUUUUUUUCCCCCCGCCAGAUAAACUGAGGUUGUUGCAUUGAUUGAGAAUGAACAAGAAGAUUUUUAUUAAAAGAUAGUGUGUAAAAGUUGCAUCGAUCUUGUGGGUGAAUCCCAAAAAGGAAUAUAGUGAGUGUGGAGAAGAGUGGACGUGGAAGAGCGAGU